CAGCUGAUCGACUUGUGAAGAGGCCGGUUGUCACACAACGGUAAACAAGCAAGAUGAACGGUGAAUUCCAACCUCCCGAGGGAGGCUGGGGAUGGGUCGUCUGCCUAGCGUCUACUUGGACAAACGGAACAGUAUUUGGGAUAUUAAACUGCUUUGGUGUACUCUUAAUUCAAAUUCUAAACGAGAUAGAAAACGUCAAUUUAACAACGGCAUGUAAUUUGUUUCAUAUGCCAAUUGGCCAAAUUGCCAAACGAGAAUAUCGGUAUAUCGGUUUUAGUAGAACUGCCUCAUUUAGCCAUUAUUUUAAGAAGAAAAUGGGACUUGUCAACGGAUUAGUUACUACCGGAAGUGCGAUAUUCACUAUUGUUUUACCAAUGGUAAUGCGAACGAUCCAGGAUAAAUAUGGAUUACAAAAAACCUUGCAAUUUCUCGGACUGCUGGUAUCCGUCUUAAUUCCUUGUGCAUGCGUGUAUACACCGCUUAAUUUAAACGAACAAUCGACAGAGAUUUCGGACUCAAAAAGACCUAGAACAAGAAGAAAGAUUGAUUGCACUAUUUGGAGAGUUCGAGACUUCUUGGUUUGGGCAAUAGCAACGCCAGUCAGUUUGUUUGGCUACUUCGUGCCCUUCGUACAUCUGAUAAACCACACGAAUUUGAUUCUUCCUAAUGCGAAUGCCGAGGUGUUGAUCGCUUUGAUGGGUGCUACAUCGGGAGUUGGGCGACUGAUCUUCGGACCAGUUAGUGACUUAUCAUGGGUCAAUCCUUUAAGACUUCAACAAAUCGCAUUCUUAGUCAUCGGGGUCAUUUCAACUUUAAUUCCAGUUUGUAACAAGUUUUAUAUGCUUGCUAUUGGCGUGUGUAUCAUGGGGAUCUUUGACGGAUGUUUCGUUUCCAUGAUGGGUCCAGUAGCGUUUAAUGUCGUCGGCAAGGACCGGAUGUCUCAGGCACUUGGAUAUGUUCUUGGUCUGAUGAGCAUACCAAUGAUGGUUGGACCUCCUGUUGCAGGAGCAAUCUUUUCCUACACGGGAACGUAUGAGUUUGCGUUUUAUUACGCAGGAGCGCCGCCCAUCAUUGGCGCCUGUAUACUCUUUUUAGUGCGACCAUCAAGAGAUGUCGUACCAGGCCACUUGGAAGAGGACCCUGAAUUGGACAGCAGUCGGUUUUACGAUAAGAAGCGCGAAAUAGAUGAAGGUAGUAGCAGCUGUAGCUCCUCCUCAUACACCAACAAGCAUGCUUACGGAAACGAGAGCUUUGCCAAUGACAGGAUAAGAGAAGACUCUACGUUUCUCCUUGUAACUGACAAGGUAUCCGUGGUGUGAAGCUUACACGUGACUACAUUGACUAAUGAUGGGAUUUCUGCUCCAUUCUUUACAAAUAUCCAGGUAGAUGGGAAUUCAAGAGUGACAGGCCCUUUCAUAUCAAUUUUUGAAAAUAGUCAAUGUGAUUUAAAUGAAGAUGGUAGCCUAUUCUUAUUAACACUUACGAAAAAGAGAUGCGACGAAUCGAGUCGGAGAUGUCAUGGUACCACCUUUCUAUUGAUUAUAUAGCGCCUCAUGACCACACUCAUAUACCUUAUUGAUUUUCGGUACGGAUAACCAUCUUUUGGGUCUUUACAUUCGUGUGAAAACGCUGGACGUGUGAUUCCAUUUUCUGCAAUAUUGAAAGGUUAAGGACUAGGCGUAAAUUGUAUGGUGCAUUUUGAUUAUGAUCUUAAUUAUUAUUAAUAUUUCCGGUCAAUGGCACGCGUUUUGUUAAUGUGACUAUAUUUGAUUAAAACGAACUCGAUUACUGACGUAGGCAAGGCCUAUUACAGUGUUUCCAAGAAUUCGUAUCAAAUACUUCAACGAAUUAUUAACAAAUAAUCAAACAUAUGCAUAGGCUACGGUACCUAUUAUAUCUGGAGGAAAGAAGCUUAUUGUCCUCUGUGGUUAUAUUAUGUAUACACAUGGAGAAAUCAUUCAAAAUCGCCAUUAUACCCAGGGAGAUUUAAACAUUUAUUUUUACAUCUCCUUGUUACAUCUAUGCCAAUGUAUUAAUCUUAUUUUUUAUACCGGAAUAUAUUAAUCAAUCACAGACAUUUAUUUUUGUAUAGUGCCAAAAAAUAGUAUCGGCAUCAACAAAUUUGAGCUAAGAUAUGAUUUCGUUAUUGACGAUCUGUAAGCAGACAUUAUUCAGUGGACAUUUCCGCUAAGCCCCGCCCCUUGGAUUUUGUUGCUAAGGUCCCCACAACUACAUUUACAAUGUAAAAACAUACGCGAAAACGUUUGUUUGACAACACGUGUGUUUGAUGUGAGACACGCGCGUAUUCCUGGCCCCGGCUGAUUGGUCAGUUUGAUUGACACACCGGAAAAGUCCAUUUACAAAUACAUGAAAUCAAUCAUAACUCAAUCAACUUUAUUUUAUCAAUAUUAUGAUACAGGCAGGAAAACCAUAAUAGAAAAUGUACAACACAAACUAUUAUUAUCAGCCUAAAUACAAUUUACAAAUAAAAAAACACUGGCUAUGAGGUUCAAUUGCCGGUUUAAAAAUAUCACUAUUACGACAUGUCAUAAACACACUGAGAAUGGAAACAAAAACAAAUGUCAAAUUCAGCCUACAAUACUCAAUACUUUUGAAACAACAUUUUGUUUAAGCGACCUAAAUCAUUAAUUGUGAUAUCAUAGUAUAAAAAAAUAGAAUGUAUAUUGUGCAAUUGUUUUCGUAAUUAUGUGUUAUUUAUUUGGGCAUAUCUGUUAUCAAUCAAGGUUAAAAUCAUGCACUGUGUGCUUCGAAUUUAGCGAUUCUUUACGAAUAUAUUUUCGUGGAUGUUUGGCCAUUUUCAUUGCUGAAAUCCAUGUUAACUUUCACUAGAACAAGCGUUGGUACUGUACAUACUUUGUACAAUAGGCACAUUGUAAUUUAAGAGUUCUAUAGUUCGAGUAAAACUCAUCAGUUUUUGCAACGUUUGUAGAUAUGAUGUUUUCAAAUUCGCGUUUACCACUUUAGUUUCCACAAUAAUUACAAUACAAACCAAAGUAAAUCAACCAACAAGACUUUUCAUAUUGUGAAACAUGAAAACAUCUUUGGAAAAUGAAAGCAAACGUUGAGUAAUUCUCUGCCCACACUAUCGUGUUUUAUGUACUGAGAGUGUAAUAUGACGUCAUAAUGUAGAUAAUGACAUCAUCAUGCCGAUAAAUGGGUGUGAUGUAACGUCAUCAUACCUAUAUGGGCAUAUCACGGAUAGCGGAUACUUUGUCACAUAAAGGUCGAUAAGGGUUGUGGUAGCACUUGAGAGAGAACUCAUGGAUACAAAUCAUGGGAUAAACAAAUGGGAUGGGAACAAAUCACUGUAUAAAUAUAUAUAAAUAGUUAUAUAUUUCUGAAGAUGGAAGGUGUAAAUUAUAUAGGCCUAAGCCUAAUUUAAAAUUUAUAUUGAGCUCUAUUUCAAAAUAUGGCAUUUUGAGUAAAUAUAUGAUCAUGCAUAAUGAUCAGAACACA